AUGGACUCCCACCAGGAAGGGAGCCGGCCCGUGCCCCAUCAUUCAGCUCAGCCCCAUGGUGGAAAGGCCCCUGGUGGCGGCGGUCUGGGCCGCAGCCGCCUCAGGACCCCUCCGCCCCGCCUCGGAAAGUCCCUCAAGCUCUACGACCGCAAGAAGAUCUUCGAGGCCGUGGCCCAGGGCAGCUGCGAGGAGCUCGGGGACCUGUUGGUCUACCUCCAGCGCAGCCUGAAGAAGCUCACCGACAGCGAGUUCAAAGACCCGGAGACCGGGAAGAGCUGCCUGCUCAAAGCCAUGCUGAACCUCCACAACGGCAAGAACGAGACCAUCCCCCUCCUGCUGGACAUCGCCCGGCAGACCGGCAACCUGAGAGAGUUCGUGAACGCCAGCUACACCGACAGCUACUACAAGGGGCGCUGA